CACAAAAAGCGGAAAAGUUCCAACAGCGCCGCUUGACAACAUCCGUCCGUCCGUCCGUCCGGCGAGGCCCCGCGCGCGAUAUGGAGCAGACGGAAGCGACGCCCGACACGGUGGAGCUGCAAUUUCAGGAGGACGCGGCGCUGACGGAGAAGAUGCGUCUGCGCGUGUCGUCUCUUCGGCGCUCGGGCCGCAAGCGCGAGGACGGCGAGCGUCUGCUGCUGCCCCACGAGGCCGUCUACCGGCUGGACUUCCGGCAGCAGGACCUGCGCUUCCGCCGCUGGAACGUGUCCCUGGGCGGGCGCGGGCGCGUCGCCGUCACGGGCAUCUCGCAGCACUGGACGCCCGACCUCACCCACCUGAUGACGCGUCAGCUGCUGGAGCCCGUCGGCGCCUUCUGGCGCGGCGCCGAGGACCCCGAGGGCGCCGCGCCGCGGCGGCCCGAGGCCGACGUGCGGGAGCUGGGCGAGAGGAUCGCCGAGCUGGCCAAGGUCCGCAAGGUCAUGUACUUCCUGUUGGCCUUCGAGGACGGCGCCCGGCCCGCCGAGCUGCGAUGCUCGCUGGCCUUCGCCGCCCGCCGAUGAAUCUCGCGACCGGGCGGACGCGCAGAAACCCGCGCUCGGCUCGGCAAACUGAAUGAUUUGCGUCUUGACGUGUGCAAAUAAAUCUUAUUCGAUCACGCGUGCAUUUGGGUUUUUAUUCAGAACUCAACCGAUGCCAUCGUGCUCAAAGUCUUUUCAUCUUAAUACCUUAAAUGUGUCAAACGUUUGGAAUAAUGUCUUAUUUAAUCUUGCGAUAAUGAUUGAAUUAUGUCUGAUAUAAUCAUGCAUAGUUUUAGGUAAUGAUGCCAUGUUCUAUUUUCCCAAUGAUGUCUUAAUCAUGCUGUAAUUAUGUCGUCAAGUCGAAUUUAAUGUUGCUCCACUUACUGAAUAAAGUCUAAUUCAAUCAUGCCAUAAA